CUUCCAUAAGAGUUUCCAAACCCUUCUCUCUCUUUUUACAUCCCCAAUAUAACGUGGGGCAUCGCAUUAGCGAGAUCUCAGUCAUUCUCGGUUUGCAACAAACUCCGUAUCGGCUGUCAAACUCUCGGUUGUCACCGUAGAAGUUACGGAUUAUCAGCAAGAACAUGUCUACAUACAAGCUAACGUAUUUCAAUGUCACCGGCAUUGCGGAGCCAAUUAGGUACUUGUUAAGUCAAAGCGGCAUCAAAUUUGAAGAUGUUAGAGUCGAAUUUGACGACUGGCCGAAGGUGAAAUCUAGCAUGCUUACACGCUUGCCUAUGGGACAAGUGCCGGUCUUGGAAGUCGACGGUAAACCGUAUCAUCAAUCCAAGGCAAUCGCUCGCUUCGUUGCUAAGAGGGGCAAUUUAUAUGGUAACAACGAGCUCGAGGCCAUGGAGAUUGACGCUACAGUCGAAACUAUGGAUGAUCUAAGACAAGCUGUAUCCGCCUACUACGUGGAAAAAGAUCCCGCUAUCAAGGAGAAACUCAAAACAAUCGCCUUCGAAAAAUUGCCCUUCUAUCUUGACAAGCUGGAGGCUCAAGUUAAGAGAAACGGCGGAUACUUUGUUGGUGGCAAGCUAUCGUGGGCAGAUCUUCUGUGGGCUGCAUAUUCUGAAUAUCUAAACUCUGCCCUGGCAAGAGAUAUAAAUAAAAAUCAUCCGGAAUUGAAGAAGCUGGUGGAGAAGGUUCGCGCGCUUCCCAACAUUAAAGCAUAUAUCGAGAAGCGACCCAAGACUCAAUUAUAAAUAAAACAAUCUCUAUUUUUAUACUUUUUUGUCAAUUGCGAAUAUGUUACGUUUAACUGUUAACUCUUUCUGCGACAUUUUAUAAAAAAAAUUAUAUAUUAAUUGCGAGUAGCUUUAAUCGGUUACUUUCCAAUCAUUGAAUAAUCGUUAAUAUUGCUAUGUAAAUACAAAUGCAAAGAAAAUUAAAAUUAAAAUUAAAUUAAUUAAAUUAAAAUUAUUUUUCUUUAUCAAAUAUAAAUGUUUUAAUUUAUUCCGUCAAAGUCUUUUAUUUUUAAACUUUUUUUAGAAGAAAUUGUCUUAUCAUUAUAUAUCAGCGUAAAAAUAUCCGAAAUAAUCUACGAGAUAUAAAGAGUUUCUGAUAAGAGUGUCCUUUUCUAAAGUGAUAACAAGUGACGACGCUCACGCAAUUGUUAAUAUAUAGAAACAGAUAAUCGUUGCAUUUCUAUUUAGCAAAUUAUAUGCAUAUAUCGUACAGUUGCUGUUUAUACAAACGAUGAUAGAGAUUCAACCUGUACAUACAAACGUAUUUAUUGUCGUUCAAAUAAAAUUCAACUUGGUACAG